UCUCCUAAAUCUUCACUCGUUCCUUCUAUUCAACUCCUCGAGGUUAUGUUUGUUCGAAACUUCCUCGCGGCUUCGACCGCCCUGGUGGGAUUUGCCACGGCAAUCCCCUCCCCAUCUCUUCAAGAAAGAGCGGCAUGCAGUGGCAACACCGCAACCUCACGUUCUGAAUGGUGUGAUUAUUCCAUAGACACCGACUACUACACGGAGGUUCCUGACACUGGAGUAACCCGGGAGUACUGGCUCGAGCUCACAGACGUCACUGUUGCGCCAGAUGGUGUAUCUCGCACAGCUAUGGCUGUGAAUGGUUCUAUUCCUGGGCCAACGCUGUUCGCCGAUUGGGGCGACACAGUCACAGUUCAUGUCAAAAAUUCUCUUACUACCUCGCAAAACGGUACCAGCUUACACUUUCACGGAAUUCGUCAAAACUACACCGUGCAAAACGAUGGUGUGGCGUCCAUUACUCAAUGUCCCACCGCUCCUGGAGAAUCAAUCACCUACACAUGGCGGGCGACACAGUAUGGAAGCUCUUGGUAUCACUCCCACUUUGCUUUGCAAGCGUGGCAAGGGAUUCUCGGAGGCAUCGUAAUCAACGGACCAGCCACGGCGAACUAUGACGAGGAUCUCGGCAUGCUUUUCCUGAACGACUGGGACCAUCAAACAGUCGAUCAGCUUUACAUGAGCGCGCAAACCAGUGGCCCGCCUACGCUGGACAAUGGCCUCAUCAACGGCACUAACACAUACGAGAGUGGUGGCUUCCGCUAUAAUACGACCUUCACACCGGGCACUUCCUACCGUCUUCGACUCGUCAAUGGUGCAGUUGACACACACUUCAAGUUCAUGCUUGAUAACCACACAAUGACUGUAAUUGCAUCCGAUUUCGUACCUAUUCAGCCGUACGAGGCUACCGUCCUCAACAUUGGCAUGGGCCAACGCUACGACGUAAUCAUCACCGCAGACCAAGAAUCUACCGCCGACAGCUUCUGGAUGCGUGCUAUUCCGCAAUCAGCAUGCUCCGAUAACUCCCAAUCGGAUGAUAUCAAAGGAAUUAUUUACUACAGCGACUCAACCACCACACCCUCAACCUCCGCCUACUCCUACACUGAUGGAUGUGAUGACGAGACCACGCUUGUCCCUUACAUUUCCAAGACCGUUGGAUCUACCGCGUCUACCACCGCCGACGAGCCCGUUGCAGUAGGCUUCAACAGCGAUAACCUAUUCCGCUGGACAAUGAACAGCACAUCUAUGGUCGUAGACUGGGCCGAUCCCUCGUUGGGUCAAGUCGUAAACGGCAACACAUCCUGGGAGGCCAGCGAAGCCGUCGUCAGUCUUCCGAAUGCCAAUGAAUGGGUCUAUAUCAUAAUCUCCACCACUCUACCUGUUCCGCAUCCCAUUCAUCUCCACGGCCACGAUUUCUUCGUUGUUGCGCAAGGGUCCGGAUCGUACUCUUCUUCAACUACCUUGAAUCUCGAUAACCCGCCCCGCAGAGACACGGCUAUGCUUCCUUCUGCUGGCCAUCUCGUGCUUGCUUUCGAGACUGAUAACCCCGGCGCUUGGUUGAUGCACUGCCAUAUCGGAUGGCACACCAGUGAGGGCUUCGCGAUGCAGUUUGUUGAACGAGCUUCCGAGAUCAGUGCCUUGAUAGACCAGAGUAGCCUCGAGGAGAACUGCGCGGCAUGGGUAUCACAUUCAGAGACGUACAGUAUCGAGCAAGACGACUCUGGCGUGUAAAUUUGCGGCUUUGGUUAUCUUUUCGUAGAUUUUGAGUAUUUGUUAGCCUGACAUUGUUUGCAUCUUUAGACUACUGGUUAACAAUGGAAUAAUGAUGAGAUCGCGGAGUACUGGGUUGUUAGACAGGGCAUUCAGAGUAUCGCAAUUUAAUGUUCAACAAGGCAUCUCC